AGAGAUGCGCUCCCUUUCCAUAAGGAUUCAUAUUGUGGAAACGAAUAUAAGAUCUGUGCCGUCACUGCCCUUAUGAACCAACUUUGCAAAGUGUGUGGAGAACCGGCCGCGGGAUAUCAUUUCGGCGCUUUCACUUGUGAGGGCUGUAAGACCGCCAAAAAUAUGAAUAUUGUAAUAUUUGACGAGUUUGAGAUGUGUUUCGAAACAAUGAACGAAUGGAUUGUAUACAUUGAGAAAGGAAAUGCUCAAGUGGACUUUGCAGUGAUUGAAGUCACUCUCAAUAUCAGCUCAUAA